AUGACGAACGCAAGCGGUGUGAAGGAAUUCGUUCUUCUGGGCCUUUCAGAGAACCCAGGUGUGCAGAAAAUAUGUUUUAUGAUGUUUCUAGCCUUCUAUACAAUCAUUUUGGUGAGAAAUCUGCUCAUUGUUAUCACUGCAAUCAGCAGCCAACGGCUGAACUCCCCCAUGUAUUUCUUCCUCUACUACUUGUCCUUUGUUGAUAUCUGUUACUCUUCCAUCACAGUCCCCAAAAUGAUCACCAGCUUCCUUCAUAGAAAUAAAACCAUCUCCUUUGUGGGUUGCAUAGCACAACUGUUUGGGGUUCAUUUCUUUGGCUGCACGGGGAUCUUCAUCCUCACGGUGAUGGCCUACGACCGCUACGUGGCCAUCUGCCGGCCUCCCCACUACACGGCCGCGAUGACCAGGUGUGUCUGCAGCCGCUUGGUGAUGGGCUCGUGGGUAGGAGGCUUCCUUCACUCCAUCGCACAGACUCUUCUCACCACUUGCCUCCCUUUCUGUGGCCCUAACGAAGUUGACCACUGCUUCUGCGACGUCCACCCCCUCCUACAACUGGCCUGUACCGAAACCUACGCUGUGGGCAUCAUUGUCGUUGCCAACAGCAGGACGAUAACUCUGAGCUGUUUCCUCAUCCUGGUUGCGUCCUGUGUUGUCAUCCUGGUUUCCCUGCAAAGCCAAACAUUGGAAGGGUGGCAAAAGGCCCCCUCCACCUGCAGGUCCCACAUCACCAUGGUGGUUCUGUUCUUCGGGCCCCGCACAUUCAUCUACAACCGUCCGUCCAGCAACCUCUCGGAGGACAAAAGCAUGGCCGUGUUUUACACCGUCAUCACUCCCACGCUGAACCCACUCAUCUACAUGCUAAGUAAUGAGGAGGUGAAGAGCACCAUGAGAAAGCUGUGGAGCAGAAAGGUGGGAAGCGAAGACAGAAAGGUGCGGUAA